CACACGCGGCACUUUUACACCCGCAAAAAAAAAACAACUGAUAUUAUACCAAACCACCGUGGUAACAUUUUCGCGCGCAAACCUAAAGGCCACAUUUUGCAACGCACGUUCUAAAAUUCCAGUCGAAAUUCAAAGUGCUACUAAACCGAAGGUCCGCGUAAACCUGUAGUUUAUUCGGUUUCGGCGUGUCAGAAUUGCAACACCGGCAAGGUUGGAUUGUGAAAGUUGGGGAAGUGAUGAGUUGUGAUCUGUGAUGCUGUCGAUGGAGUCUCUGUGGAGUGGUUGUGAGGGGAAGCUGCGGGGGAAGGGCGCGGCGGAGCGGGGGGGGUGCCGGCUGGCGCGCCGCAAGGGGCUGGCGAAGAGCCUCAUCCCUCAGGGGCUGAUGCACCAGCAAGACCUGCAGCCCAAGAGUCUGCGCCGCUCGCGCUCCGGGACUUGGCCGAGGACAAGGUCCCUGAAUGCGCCGUCCCCCAUACAACAGUUCGGACCAUGCGGCAGGAUAAUGAAGAAUUCAGCUAUGGUUAUGCAGAUCCAGGACCCGGCGUCGCAGCGGCUGACGUGGUACAAGCCGCCGCUGACCGUGCUCGUCAUCAAGAAGGUGCACGACGCCGGCAUCCUGGCGCCCUUCGUGCAGCUCGUCCAUUGGCUGGUGCACGAGAAGAGCAUGGUGGUAUUCGUCGAAGCGGCAGUCCUAGAUGACACUCUCCUCAAGGAGUACGGCGACUUCAGCCAGGUGCGGGAGCGGCUGAUGACGUUCCGCGCCGGCACCGACGAGCUCACGGACAAGAUCGACUUCAUCAUCUGUCUGGGCGGGGACGGCACGCUGCUGCACGCCAGCUCGCUGUUUCAGCAAUCAGUCCCGCCGGUGAUGGCGUUCCACCUGGGCUCGCUCGGCUUCCUCACGCCCUUCGAGUUCAACAACUUCCAGGACCAAGUCAUGAAUGUAUUGGAAGGCCACGCGGCGCUAACCCUGCGCUCCCGCCUGCAAUGCGUGGUGCUCCGCAAGUGCACGGACGACGGCAAGGAGAAGAAGAAGCCGACCACAAUCCUGGUGUUGAACGAGGUGGUGGUGGACCGCGGGCCCUCGCCCUACCUGUCUAACAUAGACCUGUUCUUGGACGGGAAGCAUAUCACCUCAGUGCAGGGUGAUGGUCUAAUAGUCUCAACGCCCACGGGCAGUACAGCAUACGCGGUGGCGGCGGGCGCGUCCAUGAUCCACCCGUCCGUGCCCGCCAUCAUGGUGACCCCGAUCUGCCCGCACUCGCUCUCCUUCAGGCCCAUUGUUGUGCCCGCCGGGGUUGAGCUUAAAAUAACACCAAGCGUAGACGCUCGGUGCCCGGCAAGCGUCUCCUUCGACGGACGCAACCAGGUCACGCUCAGGCCGGGGGAUAGUUUGUACGUGACGACAUCAGUGUACCCCGUGCCUUCAAUAUGCGCGCAGGACCAGAUAUCUGACUGGUUCGACUCGCUGGCCGAAUGCCUCCACUGGAACGUCAGGAAGCGACAGAAGAACUUCGACGAACUCAGCGAUCUCACCUGCGUCAGCGACCAGACUGACGAAACUGACCACAAUCACCAAGACGAAAGACCGACGGACACGUGACCGGCGCGACAAUAAGAUAGGCUGUUUGAAGAUUCACCCGUGUGCGUGCUCGUGAAAAAAUUGUGGUUCGAAUUUCGAAUGGUAAAGAAUGAGAGCGAUUGUUUUAACUUUUUAUUGUUUGUGGACAAGAUCAUUUUGACUGCCAACAGUUUGGGUGCUUAUUAAAGAAUAGUUGUAAAUAUUUUUUAUUAAUUUCAUGAUGAGGGUGUUUUAGGUGUACUUAUAGUUUGAAGUUGAUAUUUUUAGUUCAUUGUUAUUGUAAAGUAUUGCGAAAGUCUGUUUGUAUUGUUGAAAUAGAGCAUUUAUGAAAUCCCUUUUAUAAAACUUGUCUGAUAGAAAAGCGUGAAGCCCCAACAUUAUUAAGUUGUUGUUAAAUGCGUGUGUCUUAAUGAAAGAGAUAAUAAUUAUGGGCACAACACUACCUACAUCACGAGAUAUUGAAAUAUACGUAGAAAGGUACGUAUUAAAGCAAUAUAAAUAGGAACAAUUUCAUCAUAACUUUUUUAGAUAAGUAUUUGAUUUAAAUUGUGAUAUAACUAAUUAAAUUUGAAAAUACAUAUUGAUGUAAUGAUUUUUCUUAUCAUUCCCACUAUUAUAUCUUCUAUAUGUAUGCGACGGAUACACUUAGCUUAGAUUCCAUGUAUUUUUCAUUUGGAUAUAAGUGCAAUAAAAUGUAUAAAUCAAGUUA